GAAAGUGACGUGGAAGAAACGUGUAGAGAAAAAUCGUCGCAGUCAAUUGACUGUUGUACCUGUGUGACCAGGCUGAAAUGACAGUGCUCUGUGUUGGUGUCUCGUUACACAUGUGGCUGAGUAGACUAUAUAAGCAGCGCAAUGCAAACCAGUCGUAUAAAUCAGUGUGUGCUGCUGUCUACCCCUGCAGAAUUGUUUGAGGAGCGAGAUAGGCUGCUGCAGAUUUCAUUCCUUUCGAAUUAUUUGAAAAAGCAAAACAUAUAUAUUUUUAGCAAUAAUGGGUGUUAUGGUUUCGCAACUCUUCUCUCGUUUCUUCGAGAAAAAACAGAUGAGAAUUCUGAUGGUUGGGUUAGAUGCUGCAGGGAAGACCACAGUCCUGUACAAACUAAAACUUGGAGAAGUUGUCACCACUAUCCCCACUAUUGGGUUCAAUGUGGAGACGGUUGAGUACAAGAACAUCAGCUUCACGGUGUGGGAUGUAGGUGGUCAGCACGUCAUCAGACCUCUGUGGAAGCAUUACUACCAGAACACACAGGGUCUUAUAUUUGUGGUAGACAGCAACGAUCCUGAGAGGAUAAAUGAUGCUACAGAGGAACUACAGAACAUGCUUGAAGAGGACCAGUUGAGAGAUGUAGUUCUGCUGGUGUUCGCCAACAAACAGGACCUUCCCAACGCCAUGUCUGUCAGUGACAUCACAAAUAAACUGGGACUGAGGAAACUUCAAAUGAAUACUCCUUGGUUUGUCCAGGCUACCUGUGCAACCCAGGGUUCAGGUCUGUUGGAAGGACUGGACUGGUUGGCUGACCAGCUUUCCAAGCGCUAACUUAGUUGAGUUGGCUCCGGAGUGAAGUUACCCCUAGGUACAGGUCUAGGAACAGCUUCCCCUCCCCCGAUCAUAACCUUAACCAUUAGUGGGGAAACUGACCCAAGAUCAGUGUCUAGGAGCAAAUUCACGCUAUAACAACUGCGCUCAGCCCUUCUUAAGAAUGACCAGGACAACGUUUACUCAAGGACAACCAUACAAUCAGAACAAAACUUAGAAGUGCCUUUCUGAAAAGUUUCCAUUUAAAAAAUAUUUUUUCUAAUGUAUUGCACAUAUUGUAGCAUGUAAAGUUAUUAAUGUUUUAUAUUAAAAUAAUUGUAUCACUGAUUGAAUGUAAGCAGAUUCUUUAUCAAACCCCCUGUAUUUAUUUCCUGAUUUCCAAUUCCUCACUACCUCUAAUAAAAUGAUGUGUUUAAAUGUA